GGUAGCACGUGCAGUAGUUCAAAUGAACAAUUGUUCAAACGGGAGUAGUUCAAAUGAGAUAGCAUCGUGGUUACUUGGUAACACUUGUGUUAUUGCGGAGUCAUAAGAGAUGGAUGGAUAGAUAGAUAGAUAGAUAGAUAUAUAGAUAGAUAGAUAGAAAUUCUUUAUUUUUACACGUAGACUACGUAGAUACAGAUUAUAAUAAAUAAUACAUAGUUGAAAGGAAAGUUAAUUGCGGGCGCAUAUACUCUGCAUCCUCUGCGUUCAUAUUGAAACCAGUUCUCUCUGGGCCAAGAAUAGAUGCAUCAGUGUUCGUCUAGCAUAGAGUAAUAAAACAAAGAGUGUUCAGGAUUUCUGAAAACCUGACGAAGAAUGAUGAAUCCGUGUGAUGAAUGUGAAGAAGUUGGAGCGGAUAAGACAAAGAAUGGGUUGAUUAUAUUGUAACCCUAUUAAGUCUCCAGGUCUCAGCUUUUACGAGAUCUUAGAUUAAACGUGUUCUCCCAAACUUCAAUCAAACCUACAAUCUACCACCUACAACAUCAUCCUACAAAUCUACCACCUUCAACAUCAUCCAACAAAUCUUCAUUCGUCGAGUACAUGAAACUAAGAUAUAUGUUUGAAGAAGCUGUUUAUAAAAUGAGUUUUAGUUAGAAUAGGCAGCAACCAUUGAACAUAAUGGGGUCGAAGUUAGUAACUCUGAAAGCUAAAAAAGCAGGCUCCUCCAAGCUGAGUGGAAAAUCUCCAAAAGAUGUUGAAGAAAUGAAUAAAAAUUCCAUAGCACAUUCUAUCAAUUCUCUUAAUGAGGGAAUUUUACAAAAUACCUCCAGGCUGCUGGUACCAUCUUCUGAAAUCUUCAAUGAAGAAGUUGCUUUUAUAACUAGUCCAGAAGAAGUGGAACAAACUGUCAUUCAAGAAAAUUCAAGAAAAUCCAAGAAAAAUGAAUUCUUCACCGGAAUGCAUUCUGGUGCUAGUAAUUUGCCUGAACUUAUCACACCAUCACAUUUCAUCAAUCAGGAAGCAACCUUUAGUGAUUCUCUGGAGCAAACUCAAAUUUUAGAGACUUGGCCAGAAAACAUAAUAGUUUUUAGAGUGUAUCAAACUUUAAUGAAAAGUGGCAACACAAGCAUUUACUCUCUUUACCUGGAGCUUUCAGCAAAGCUAAAGAAUCUGGAGUUUGAUCUCUUAAGAAUGGUUGUGAGUGAGAAUCCAUUAUUUUUCAUUGAUUCAAAAAGUGUUAGUAUUGUCUCAAGCCUUGAUAUUGGGGGCAACCUACUAAAGCUUUCAACUAACAUAAAGCAGUCAACCACCGCACGAUCCGGAAUGUAUUCUCUGAUAAAUAAACGUCAGGUUGUUAUGAAGGGAAACUCUGUUUAUAUCCUCAGAAUUGUAGCAAAACUCUCUACAGACAACAUGGAGUCUUCUCUUACUUUUAAAUUUGGAUCCAAGGAAUGUCUCAAACUGAAGAAUGAAAGCUUAUUAGAUCUUCCUAAUGGAUGUGAAGCCCUUGUUGACUUGAGACUUAGAUGUACGAGUUUUAAAGAAGUCAAAGUUGACAUCCUAAGAAUAAACAUUAAGGACGAACAGUUUAUAACUGAGGAGGGUAAAGCGGAUUCUAAAUAUAAAAAUCUCAUGCUUAAUAAAGUUGAGGUUAAAGCUAAGAAAAUUAUGACUGUUGGCACAAAUCUCCAAAAUCCCAGGAUUCAAAACACUCUUGGAAAGGAGAUUGAUUCUGAUUGCAAGAUUCAUAUAUUUAGAGCCUUCAUUGCACUGAAGAACGAUGACAUCACUUUGAACAAGUUGCAUACAAAGGUUUGCAAAACCCCUUGCAAACACACUACUGAAGAUCUAAGUGUUCUAGUUCAGAAAAGUUCUUUGUUUAACAUUAAGUCUGGCAACAUCAUAAGGGUGGUUUCUAGUCUUAAGAUUGGUGGAUUCCUUCUAGAUCUAGCUUGUAAUACGAAGAAAGAAGCUUGUUAUGACUCUGAAAACUAUUCACUCAUUAACAGGAACCAGGUGAAGAUUGUUAAGAAGUCAGUAUACAUUUUACAAAUUGGAGCAACUCUGUGUUGUGGUAAACAGAAGCAAAUCUUCUUCAGGUUUGGAACAAAAGGAGGAUUGAAGUUAACGGUUGAUGUUUCUAAAGAUCUCAAGCUUUUGAACGGACAAAAAGCCUUGGUGGAUUUGAGACUUUGUAUUCAAUAUAAGAAUAUCAUUGCUAGCAUCCUGGCUAUAUAUGUCAAUAAUGAAACCAUCUUUCUUGGAGUGGGUAAAAAGGAUUCAAACUACCAAAAUCUGUUGUUUAACAUGACAAUAAAAGAUGAGGAACUGAUGGAAAAAGAACAGCAGGUGAAAUCUUCAUCCAUGGAAAAUGAUGAAUUUGAUGAACAUGAUGAGGAUGAUGAGAUUGAUAUUGAGGAUGUCUGCCCUGUGGUGUCAACUGCAUCUGCUCCAAUCACUACUAUUCAACAAGAAGAUGAAUUAGAAGAUGAGGUUCUUGACUGGAUUUUGAGAUACUUGGCUGGAAGGAAUCAGAAUAAGGGAACAUUUCUGCAGGAGAUCCUAAGCCAUCUACCUAAAGUUCUCAGAAAUGUUUAUGACUUACGGAAGUUGAAAAAACUUAUUGAUGAGAAUUCUCAUAUUAUAGAGCUAAAAAAUAAUGGUGGCUUUGGUUUAAUUCCUUUUAAAUCUAAAAAUAUUAUGAAGAAAAAAGAAACAAACAAAAAAAAGAAUAAAGAUGCUGAAAAGAUAAAGAAUGUUAUCCGGGCUUAUUUGGAGACCAAGACUGGUGGUGUUGAGAGUAUGACAUACAUUGUGAAGUAUCUAAGGAAAAGAUUCCCACAAGAACAAAUUUUGAAAGAAAAUUUGCAGGAACUCAUUUUACUUUAUCCUGCAGAAUUGCGUGUAGUAGAAAACACAGUUAGUCUUGUUCUAUCCAGAGACGCAACUGAGGGUGGCGGCCGGGCGCGCCCCCCCCCUAGCACCUGAGAUUGGGUUGCCCCCCCCCCCCCCUGAAGAAUGAUUAGAAUGAUUGGCGAAUAUCAGUAUCACUGGAGUUAGUAACAAUACAACCAAAAGAGUUAUUGUAGAAAUUGUAUUCUACUGUGGUUAGUUUAAAAAAAAAUAGGACAGAUAUUGUUGUAUUGUUCUUUUCUAAUCAUAAGUUAUUUUUUCUCCUUAAAGGAAUUAAAUUUUUGCCACAGACUCUGAAAUUUUAACCCCUUUAUCUUUGCAA